AUGGCGACGGCAGUGCUGCGCGCCCGAUUCCUGCUCACCAGCGGCCACUUGGUGGCCACAUACCUUACCGCAAGCAUUGUGGCAUAUCUGUCCUUUGCUCUGGCGGGCGGAAAUCUAUUCACAGGCCUCGACAAGAACGCUGUGCAUAUUUUCUGCCACUUCGUUGGGGGCGUGUUAGUCUGCCAAGUGAUCCUUCACGAUCUGGACCCGGGGCGAUAUCUGUGGUAUGUAGUGUUGCUGACUCACGUACCAACCUCACUGUGCACGCUAGACACGAUUGCACAGCUCCUUCUUUUCAAAACUGCGCGUCAUCCAUACUGA